AUGCUUGAAAGACGUACAGAAUCAUUAGCUGAAAUACCACAGGAAAAACUUUCAAAAGAAAUUUUAAAUCGACAAAAUAUUAAAGUUCGAAAAGAAAUUUUCGAUCGACAACAAUGGAAAUUUUUUCAUAUUGAAAAUACUUUUGUUGAUAAAAAAUUAAUUGAAAAGUUUAAUUCAACACCUAAUAAAGAACUUCUUUUAGAAAUUGGUUUGAAUUUUAUUUUACAAUUAGAAAAUCAACUCUCUUUUUCUGAAAUAAAAUCUAUUAAUAUACAACAUAUAUCCGAUUUCAUGUAUAUUUAUCUUUAUAAUUUACAAGAGGGAAAUCAUAGUGUUUUAACUUUGAAAUAUAUUAAAUAUCAAAAACAAGUCUUCAAUCAAUUAUUAAUUACUCAUCGUUGGUUAGAAAAUAAUCCUAUUGUGGAUUUAUUGAUAGAGUUUUCUAAAGGAUUACAUAGAGGAUAUUUAAAACAUUAUUGGUUAAGAUGGACAAGAGAAACAUUAGAAUAUAUUCAAAAAUUUUCUUAUGCAGAUCGAAAAGAAUCAGAAAAAAAAUUAUCAAAAAUUUUGAGCGCUAUUCAUAGCGCCGAUGAUGAUCAACUUGAACAAAUCAAUAGUGAAAUAAAAUUUUCAUGCGUUAUACGGGAAAUUCCAUGUUUUGAUUUCGAUGAAAAAUUAUAUAAAAAUAAUAAAUCUCAAUUAAUUGACGCUAUCAAUAUGUUUAAUCGAUGUAUUGAUGAAAAUAAAUUAUUGAAAAUUUUUGAAAUUUUUUCAACUUCAUCUUUUUUUGAGCUUAAAAACGGAAAGAUUUUACAAAAUUUAUUAACAAAUGAUAAACAAUUAAUAAUUAUUAGUGAUUUUCUCUUUAUUUUUCAGAAAAACUUAAUACUAAUGAAUAUUGAUAAUAACUGUUUUAAUCUAUUAACAAAAUAUAUCAUAAAAAUCGAACAAAUCCUUGUUGAAAAUCCACGAUCUUAUCUCUAUGAUCUAAUAUUUAAUUUUUCUCUAAACAUUGAGAGAAUCAAAGUAAAAAUCUCAAUUAAUCCUGAUGA